ACAGUGGGGGUGGGGGAUGGGGCAGGAUGGGGAGGACACCGAUAUGCUAAAUACCUACCAACAGUUGGUUAGGGCCCCGUUGGCGCGACCAGGGCAGGACACACGGCUUCAGGCUCCGGGGAGCAGCUCUAGGCUGCUCAAGCUGCUGUCGACGAUCUCUCGGGACAAGCAGGGCCGCCUGGGGAGUGGUGACGGUGUGCCAAAUCAGGACCUGCAGCAGAGGUCUCAGAGCUCAAGGCAGACAGCAAAGAAGGAGCGCAAGCCCAGGGGUCAGAGCAAGAAAGGACAGGGCUCUGAAGAGGCUGAUCUCUUCACCCCUCCUGCUCGGAAGCCCUCCUUCCCCUUCCAGUGGGCCUGGGAGAGCAUUGCCACAGACGUCCGGGCUGUGCUUCAGCCAAGCUCCCCAGCCUCUAGCCACCAAGCCCUGCCCCUGACCUCUUCACUUUCCCAGCGCCAGUUCAGGCGCAAGUCCACGGGCAGCCUCCCAGAGACCCUUGGCUGCUGCCAGAAGACAGAGACACAAAACCUAAAGGUGAGACAGCGGCUGAGAGCCUGGGGUGGUGUCUCCAUCCUUCCUGACAAAGGAGGGCAAGGACCAGAGCCCCGCUGUGAGUGUGGCCUCCAGCUGCCUGGGAGGAGGCCAGGAUCAGGAUCGGUGUCCGAAGAGCAUGUCCAGCUGCCAGGCCCAGGUGCUGAGAAGGCCGAGAGGGGUCUGAGUUCUGCGGAGCUGCUCCAGUGCCCCAGGAAGGGGCCGAUCUCAGAGGAGGAGCAAUUCUCAGCAGCCACAGAAGAGGCUGAGGAGGGGGAGCACAGGGCUACCCGCAGAAGGAGGGCUGGUUCUCAGAAAAAGGGGCAGUUUUCUGGAGAGGAGGCCUCAGAUGAGGGGGAACAGGGCCAGAGCCAGGAGAGCAUCCCCAACUUCAACAACCUCCAAAGGCCACGGAGGAGGAAGACAAGGGCCAAGGAGCUACAGGAGCCGUGGGACCUGGAGAAGCUACACAGGCAGCUGCAAAGAGACCUGGAUUGUGGUCCCCAAAAGCAGCCCUGGAUGGCUUUGAGAGAUGCCUUCCAGGCCUCCAAACGGAGUGGAAAGGCCUAUGCCUUGGGAGGCGAUGAAACCUUCUUAUCUGCCAACCUGCCUAACCGCACCUUCCGCAAACGACAGGAAGCCACCAGGAGCCUGCUGCAGGCCUGGGAGCGGCAGCGGCAGGAGGAGCGGCAGCGGGCCGAGCUGCGGCGGGCCCGCACACAGCACGUACAGCGGCAGGUGGCCCGCUGCCUGGCAGCCUACGCACCCAGAGGGAGCCGGGGGCCCGGUACGGCCCAGCGCAAGCUGGAGGAGCUGAGGCGUCAGGAGCGACAGCGCUUUGCCGAGUACCAGGCAGAGCUGCAGGGCAUCCAGCACAGGGUGCAGGCCCGGCCCUUCCUGUUCCAGCAGGCCAUGCAGGCCAAUGCCCGUCUCACUGUCACCCGGCGCUUCUCCCAGGUGCUGUCAGCACUGGGGCUAGAUGAGGAGCAGCUGCUGGCUGAGGCAGGAAAGGGGGACACAGUGGGCACCCCCAGAAAAUCCAGGAGCCACAGGCCAAUGGGGGUGAGAAUGGAGCACUCUCUUCCAAGCCCUCCAAGGAAAGAACCCACCGGCAGCCAGCCUGACAGGCACCACACCCCCAGCCUGGACCCGGAGUGCAGUCCCUGAGAUAAAAAUUAAAGGCUUUUUGGC